UGUUUCGGGCUAGGGAAAUCAUAGUUUGAUUGAUUAUCCCACAACCAACAAAACUAAGCAUUCACCAUGAAGUACCUGUUCGUCUGCAUCAGCCUGGCCCUCUUCGCCUACAUCAACGCUAGCCCGGUGUACGGUGGCAACCGCGGUGGAUAUGGCGGCGGAAACCACGGUGGAUAUGGCGGCGAUCGUGUGGAGUACGAGCAAAUCCUGGUGCCAUCUUAUGGCCGCGGACACGGCAACCAGGGCUAUGAUCGUCCCCAGAUCCUGCGAUCGGCUCCCUCUGGCUCCAGUGCCUCGGCUGCUGCCUCCGCGGCGGCUGCUGCCAUCGCCCCUGGUCGCUACAGCCAGUGGGCCGUGCCCCGUUACGAGAUCGAUGGCAGCUACAACGGUCCCAGCCACGGACAUGGCCGCGGCGGCUACUAAUUCCUGCCCCUCAACGAAACGAAUCGAGCCCAUCAGACCUUUUUUCUUUGAUCAAGCAGCAGCGGCAGCUAUGCUCUGAGAUUGGAAAAUAAAAACGUCUUGAACCAAA